GUGCCUUCAGCCUACUUCCUUACCGAUGUCUUUGUGGAGCUCGAUCGGCAGCUUGACAAGAAGAUGUUUCGCCCUGUAAAGGGGGAGUGUCGAAUGCAGCUGGCAGCUCAAGAGGGGUGCAAGCUGAAGAAAUGCCUCGGUGCCUUGAGAGCUUUGUGGCGAAGUUCGCGACGUGGUGGCACCGACAAGGUGCGCCACUUGAAAUCUUUUCUUCGCGAGAGCCCUGCUCAUCAUGGAAGAAGGCGCAAACGUUCCGCGUCAUCUGACGGUGACAAUGACAAUGAAGCGCCGGCAAUUCCUGAUGAGGCUGCAGAGCACCUUCCUGCCCGUGCUCCGCGUGAUGAAGCUGCAUCGGACCCGACCUCUGAGGAAGAGGGGAAGCUUGUGUGUGAUGAAGCUGCAUCGGACCCGACCUCUGAGGAAGAAAAGGAGCUUGCGCAUGAUGAAUCUGAGGAAGAAAAGGAGCUUGCGCGUGAUGAAGCUGCAUCGGACCCAGCCUCUGAGGAAGAGGGGGAGCUUGUGCGUGAUGAAGCUGCAUCGGACCCAGAAUCUGAGGAAGAGCAGCUACCUGACCCGGGUGUUGUUGUUGGAACAGGCCCAACUUCUCACGAGGAAGCGGCCAAGGCUGACUCAAGUCAGACAAGCUGUUCAAGCAGGUCUGAUGAUGAAAAGUCUGACGACAGCCUGACAGCGCCAACGCUGAUUUUGGGGCAACAAGACGAAGAGUCUGAGGAGAGCGGCAGUGCGAGCGGCUCCGACCACAGAGACUCUCAAGUCUCAUCGGGUUGGAUGGGGAAAGCGAUCAACUACUACAGCCGGAAAGAGAACGAAGUCGCUCACAUCCAAAAACUUCUGAAGGACAUAAAGGCUGAUUUGGAAGAGGCAAUGGGCGGUGUGCUUCUGGAAGCGGGGCAAUGGCGUCUAUAUGAGGAGUGGUGUUCCAAAGCGCUGCGCACUUACGGUGACUCUGCCUACUCCAAGCUGUCCAGCCUGGAAUCUUUCAAAGAGCGCAAGCGGCCCUUCGACAAGGCCAUGGGCCUGAUGGGCAUGGAACACCUGGACGAUUCGGAAUCCAGUACCAGGACGCCUGCGGCCAAGCGGCCAGCCAAGCACAUGGCCGAGCGCAAGGGCCAAGACAAGCUUGAUGAGUUGGGCGGGGAACAAUUCGGAGAUGUCUUGAACAAGUUCCAUGAGCACGACCUAGAUGCACUUCAGGUACUGCAAAUCUUGAGCUGCAACAUCUUUCUGGGAGGACUGGGAAUCGUUGCGCAGCUAGUUAGGCUCAAGGAGAUCCAGGCCAAGAUGCCUUUUCAAGACGACAGUGACCAGUCAGAAGAGCGGCCGCUGCCUCGCAACAUGAAGGAUAAGCAUCGAUGUUGGCUCAUAGCAGGACUUAAGCAUUUGCAAAUGCCGCUUGUGCAGGGCAUCGACUGGUCUGAGCAAUUGGACCACUUUGAGUCCUUUUCAGGAGACGCAGAAGUGACCAAGGCUGAGUGGGAGGCAGGGCGCUCAGCGGCACCUUUCGAUGUGAGACUUGAUCCAGAACGAAUGGAUUUGCUCUCCCCUGCGGGCUUUGCGAACGCGCUACAUUGUGUUUGCCGGCUGAAGGAUUCGCAGGCAGUGAGGGAUGGCAACAUCCUUACAGCGCGAGCUCUGAUCUUGGUGAUCCUUGCAGCUUGCAAAGCAUGCUUCUGGGUCCUGGAACAACCAGGUUCGUCGAUCAUGCACUUGCACCCACUCUUUCAAUACUGCAUCCGCCGCAUCGGCGUUGAGCGGCUCAUGAUCGCGAUGGGAAACUAUGGAGCGCCAACCCCCAAGCGCACCAUACUUUUUACAGGUCAUGGUCGCUGCCUCAGAGACAUCCACGACUACGCGCAGGAACCGGAGUACGAACAGCGAGAGAUGGUCGUGAGCUACCAGAACCAGAAGGGGGAACGCCGUGUUCACGGGGGCAAGACAGCGAAGGCCAAGGAGAUGGGGAAGGAAAAGGACGCCAAAAGGAAAGUAGAAGUCCAAGAGGAGAAGAAAGAGAAGAAGGGUGAGCCAAAGGUAGAAGACAGGAAGAACAAGAAAGAGAAGAAGGCAGAAGAGCCAGAAAAGAAAGAGAAGACUGCGCAGAAGGAAGAGUCUGGCAAAGAGAAGAAGAAGAAAGAGGCAAAGUCAGAACCGCAAGAAAGGAAAGGCGCGAAAACGAGCGCAGAAGAAGACAAGAAGGAGAAAGGUAAGAAGCGCAGCGGAGAAGUGAAGAAGGAAGACAAGACAGCAAAGAAGCCAGAAUGCAAGGAAGGCAAGCCACAUAAGAUGGUGGUAGUGGUAGAAGAAAAGAAGAAGAGUGGAGGAAACAAGAACGACAAGGAGGAGAAGGAUGUCGCAGGAGAAGGUAAGAAGAAGGACAAAGAAGGCAAGAAAGGGAAGAAGGAGAAGAAGGAGAAGAAACGAGAGAAGUCCAAAGACAAGAAGAAGGAUAAAGAUACAGUGAAGAGAAAGCGCAAGGGGAAAGAGGGUGAAAUGCCAGAUCCAAAGAAGAGCAAGAGGAGUGGCAAGACAGUCAAGUGGCAGCCGGCCAUGAAAGACAAGAUUGAGCCAAUCUUUGACGCAGCUUCUACCAAGUCAUCUUCCACCAGCUUGUCUUCGAAAGAGAAGGCUGAGAAAAGGCUCGCAGAGUUGGCAGCUGUUCUGGAGGCGUCGAACGAUUCAGACUCUGAGUCUUGCAAUGCUACUGACCUUGAAGCCUUCGUCGACAACAUGGACGGCUCCAUAUCUGGUGAUGAGUCCAUGUCCUGUGCGGAAGAGAGUGAUGAGUCUGAACAGGAGGAGCCAGAGGAGGAAGAAGAUGAAGAGGGUGAAGAUGAUGAAGGAGGGAAGGAGGAGGACGAAGAAGGAGCCUCAGAGAGUGAAGAAGAAUCAGCUGAUGACAAGGACCAGGAGGAAAGUGACGAAGAUGAAAGCGAAGAAGAAGGAGAAGAAGAAGAUGAAGGUGAUGUGAAGGGAGAGGAGAAAGACAAGAAGGAGCCCGAGGAGCCUUGCCACGCUUUGGUUCCCAUUGCGCAGCACACCGCAGAGACUGCCGUGGCACUGCGCAACAGCAUGACAAAUAAAAGGGAGUGGGACACAUUUUGUCGCCAAGCAAAGAGCAAGGGCAAGAUGCCUGUGGAAUUGUCCGACAUGUUCGUCUCCCAGAAGACCGAGCUGUUCAACCUCUGGCUGGACUCGAACUACAGCUGGAAAGAAUGCGCCCUGGCUGUCGAGCGCCAGAGGCGGGAGGUUGCAGAAUCCAAGCGUGGCUGGAAAGCGGUGCAGGGAAAAGAACUGAAAAAGCAGUACACGCCGGAGAAAUGGCAGAAGCUGAGGGACAAGAGAAUUCAGCAAGGGCUCGUGUACAAGGAUGACGACUUUGGCUCGGACGAGGAGGAGACCGGUUUCUUUCGGUGUUCUCGUGCGGAGAUGUGGUAUUUCGUUCGGCAGGGCGAUGAGAUCACCCAGAAGGAGCAAUGCAUUGAGACUCUUGGCAUGAAGGCCAAGGUCGACGUUGACCCUGACAUGCGGAGUGCUCUGACCUCAGAGGAUGGAUUGUUGAGGCCUGGCGCUUUGCCAAAGGUCGCGGGCGCUUCUGCAGGUGGGAGCAAGGUUCUCUUGCAGGCCAUCACUACCGGUGUGGCUGCGCCCAAGAAGAAAAAGAAGGAGGAGCAGGAGCAGGCCCAGGAGGUAGAGCCACAAACUUGGGCAGAAAAGGCACAGACCUUGCUUCCUGAUAUGUUGAAGGAGGCCUGCGAAGCUCGCAAGCUGUCAAUCAAGCUUGGUGGCCUGGAAUUUGCUCAGGAGCUCAGCAAGGAUUUGCUGUCUCAUGCUGGUCAACUGGAACAGAGCUACAAGAAGUUGGCAGCAAAGGUGGGUGAAGGAAACGAGAAAGCGCUCAAGGCCUACGUGAAUUCUGCCAAUGACCUCAUUCCAAAAGGUUCCAAAGCUCAGGUACGGCAAGCUGUGCGCCAGACGAUCGCUCGUUUGACGGCCUGGUCAAUGAAGCUUGCCUCCAGCGGUGUGGGUCCUGAUACAG